UGGGCCCUGGCAACAAGUCAACAAUUCAACAAGUGUUUGAGAGCUAAAUUCUAAUCAAUUCUAAUAAAAACGUCACUGACAAGUGGCAACUCUGCUUCAAGGUCUAAGGAUCGCAAGAUAAAAUGCAAGGACUACCAGAUAAGCAGUCUGUUAAAAAACUGCAUGUCUUAAUAACCAGUCGUAUGUUUUCUGCAUCACGUAACAAAAAAGAUGAUCUUUUCAAGUAUAAACUUGCAUGUGAAGAGUUGUCCAAGUUUAUCAAUGAGGUUAAUUUUGAAUCAAAGAUUGCAAAAAAAUCAGUGGAACUUCGUGAAAAUGGUAAUGAUUACUUCAAGAAAAAUGAAUUAGACAAAGCUUUUGAGAUGUACACAAUGAGUAUGGCAUAUGCACCAACUAAAAGUGUUGAGUUGUCAAUGGCAUAUGCAAAUCGUAGUGCUGUUCUUUUCAAGGCCAAUUGGUUUGCUGAUUGUCUUGUUGACAUUGAACAUGCCUUGGAACUUGAUUAUCCAGAAAAUCUAAAAGCUAAAUUAUUUUUACGUAAAGCAAACUGUCUUCAAGCAAUUUGUCCAAAACGACGAGGUCCUAUCAAUGAAGCUCUUGAUGAGACACGUCAAUGGAUGAAAAAAAUGGAUAAAAAAAAUCAACUGGCUAUUGAACAAUUGUUAAAGAAACAAAAGACUACCAAGACAACAACAGAGAAAACUGUUUGUUACAAAUUUGAUGCUGAUGUUGUACCUGAAAAAUUAAAAAGUGAAAAUCCAGCUCUACCAGGACUAUCAAGUGCAGUUGAAUUACAGUAUUCAAAAAAAUAUGGAAGACAUCUUAUUGCAACAAGAGACAUAAAACCCAGUGAAGUUUUAGCUGUUCAAGAGCCUUACAUUAAUAUUGUCAAACAAGAUUUGAGAUACAAGUAUUGCUGGCAUUGUGUCAAACAAACUUGGUCAAAUAUACCAUGUGAUGAUUGUGCUGAGGUCAUAUAUUGUUCAGCAUCAUGUCGAGACAAAGCCAAGUUGGCUUAUCAUGAUGUUGAGUGUUAUGUUUUGAGCCGAAUACUUGCUUCUGGAAUUAUUAGUAAUUUUAUUUUUCCUUUGAGAAUUGCAAUAAAAGCAUUAAAAGAAGCUAAUAAUUCAUUUGAUAUUUUAGAACAAAAUCGGUUAAAAGUUGAUGCUGAAAAAGAUCCAUUGACAAAAGGAUUCAUUGAUGGCAAAUUUGAUCCUCAAAAAUUUUCAAGUGUUUAUAGCUUGUCACAUAAUCCUCACACUGAUAAGAAUUUUGAGAUUCUAUGUUUAGCUGGCAGCAGCAUAACUGCAUAUUUUUUAGCUAAAAAAAUACCAGCCUUUGAAAAAUCUUUAAAAGAUGAAAAGCUUUUGAAAACAGAUGAUAAAUUUAUAUCUUUAAUUGGAUUUAUUGAUAAAAUUGUUUCAAUUACACGCAAUAAUCUACUUCAAGUUCAAGCUCCAGAUAAGUACGAGGACAUAAAAGAUACAUCAUCAGCUGUUGUUAUACCAUUUUCAUUUAUGAAUCAUUCCUGUAUCAAGAUGGUGACAUUUAAAAGACAAAGUGAGAAAUUGGUACUUACAGCUGUUUGUCCAAUCGAAAAAGGUGAACAAAUUUUUGACAAUUAUAUGAGUCAAUUUUUUAUACAUACUAAGAAACAACGAGUUGAAAUGUUAUCACAUUCAAAUUUUAUUUGUGAUUGUGAAGCCUGUAUUAAAGAUUGGCCAACUUAUACUGAUUCGUUGAAUCCUUUUUUGGUAAACACUUUAAAACCAGAUCUUCGUGAAGUUUUUCAUUUGAUAAUGAAUUCAACAUUUGUAAUGUAUGAAACUGUUUGUAAAAAUAAUGAGAUAAUGCUUUUCAAGAAAGAAAUCAACAAAGUGGCAAAAGUUGUAGAAAAUUAUUAUUCUCUCUUUGGAGCAAAUUCAAGUGAUUCCGUGACAGCAUUAAAAUUGCUGAUGAUGGCUGUUUUUAUGUCUCAAAGACACUUUGUACAUCUCAAGUAAUUUUCGUACUUUUCAAUACUAGUUUGUAUUUUUUUUAUAUUAUUUUUGCAUUUAUUGGUACUUGUUACUAUCGAAUAAAAUAAAAACCAAAAUAUUAAAUUC